AUGGAUGUGUUGUUGAUUGAGAUGAUUAAGAAAUUUACUAGGGAUGGUCCUGUGAUUUUCCCUGCUCUCAAAUCACUUUUUACCGGCGACAUUGUGAUUGGUACCACCAAUUAUAUCAACCUCAUCAUUAUGUGCCCUGUCCUGGAAGAAUUGUUCAUACGUAACGACGAAGGAGACAACCCGCCAAGUUGGAUUAGACGUUUGCAAAGUUAUUGCUUGAAGCGACUUGUGAUUUAUUUCCAUGUUCCCAAAUAUAGAAAGGUUUAUGAAGAUGAAGUUGCGGUCAUGGCACCUAAUCUUACUUACUUUGAAUAUUCUGGGUAUGUCUCCAGUUUUUAUAUGUUGUCGAGAAUGCGCUCGCUUGUCGAAGCUAAACUAGAUCUUCGACUGUGGGAGUUAACCAUCCGUUAUGAUGAUGAUUAUGAGGAUGGACACCGUUCAGUGAAUGGUUUUAAUGUUAUCUUUGGUAAUACUACCUUUCUCCUUGAUGUCAUAAGCCGCAACGUUAAGACCCUUCAUUUGUCUCCUCAUUCUCUAGAGGUUAGUUUCUCUCUACCUCCUCAUUGA